AUUAGCAAAGCGUACAUCCCUCCAACAAACCUUGAGUUGAGAGAGGAGAGAGGAGACAGCAAGCGACACAACACAGAGGUAACCGGCUCACGCCUGUCUCGGUGGCCGUGGGCAAUCAUGGCCACUGUGGGACAGUCUGGGGCCCUGAGGAGGGUCACCGUGCACUACGCCAACUCGCCCACAGGCAGCACGGUGGCAGAGGUGAGCUUUGACGACCUUGACGACGAGCUGCUCCUGUUUGUGCUCGCCGAUCUUCUUCCUGGCCAGGAAGGUUUACACCAGUCGAUCUUGGAAGGAACAUACAACAACCAGGAGAACCACAUGAGAGGUGCAGCACCCAGUGCACCAUAUGGUUAUUCACGGCCAGAGGAGUACCGUGCAGAGAGCAGCACUGCUGCAGCAGCAGCAACUGGUUCUAGGAAUUCAGGCAUGGAUGAACAGAUCGCCUCGGACUUCGAGUACGCCAAGCAGCUGCAGCAGGAGAUGGAGGACCUCAGCGUCAAAGACGAAGACGACAACGAUAUCAGCUGCGUGCCGUCUCCAUCUGACUCUGACGAUGAGCACGAGCAUCAUGACGAAGAGGAAGAGGCUGACAGGCAGGAGGACGGUGAUGGUGAUGAUGAUCCAGACAACAUGACUUAUGAGCAAGGACAGGCACUUGUAGAAUCUGUGGGGACUGAGUACAGAGGUCUAUCCGAUGAGCUCAUCUCCUACCUGCAGCCAUGGAAGUACAAGGCAGUCAAGGCUUCAGGGCUCUUCUCCCGGAAAACAAACCAUGAAGACUGCCCGAUCUGCCUGUCCACUUUCAGAAACCGGGAAACCAUGAUAACGUUGCCGUGCAGGCAUCACUACCACGCAGCUUGUGUCACCAGAUGGCUCAAGGUCAACAAGACAUGCCCUGUAUGCAAAUACGAACUGUUUGGACCUUCCUAGGAUCCGACCACGUCGACGAUGGAGCUGAGAGGAUAAUGAUGAUGACGACGACAACGACAGAUGGUUGUGUCAUCUGCUCUCUUUUUUUAGCGCCAAGAAAACUGGAAAUGAAAAAGGGAAAUCAAUCCGAAAGGAGAAUAGAAAUUAGGAAGUAUAGGUAGAAUAUCUCUCUUGCCAGUGACUGUGCGAUGAAUUAAGCAUACCUCGUGCUAUUUAUGAUGAAAAAGGGAAAUGAAAAAGGGAAAUCAAUCCGAAAGGAUUUUUUUAUAUAUAAGAACUUCCCCGUGGAAUCAC